CGUGCGCGGCGCUUCCCCCCGAGCAGGGGAACAGAAAGCGGGACGGCGGAGGGAAGGGGAGCUGUGCCUCACCGUCGUCCUUCCGCCGGCGCGGAACUGGAGUGCUGCGCUGCUGGUGCCCGGCCGGAAGGCUGCGCACCGAGAUGGCGGCCGCGGCGGCGGGCCGAGGCGGCCUAGGGCACGCAGGAGGAUGGAAGAUCUUGGGGAGGAGGAUGGAGGUGAUGGCGUCUGCAGUGUGGGCUCGUUGUCUUUUUACCAGAUCAAGAAUUCCGGACUCGGUAUUUCAGCCCCAGCCUGGAGAUCAUGAGAAGUACGGAGGAGACCCUGAGCAGCCCCACAAAAUCCAUGUUAUUACUAGAAUAAAAAGUGUAAUUGGUCGCCCGUAUUGGGAAAAGAAGAUAAUACGUGAUCUUGGACUGCAAAAAGCACAUCAGCCAAGACUGCACAAAAAUAUCCCUUCUGUGAAUUCCAGACUGAAGGUUGUUAAACAUCUGAUAAGAAUACAGCCACUGAAACUGCCUUAUGGGUUACCAACUGAAGAGGAAAUAUCUGACACCUUUCUCACAAGCAAGGGAGAGCUUGUCAUUAGACGUCGCCUGAAACCUGUGGAGCAGAAAGAAAUUAAGUCAUAAGGUGUACUUGGUCGGAUUUUAUGUUUUGUGAAAUAAAUAUUGCAACUUCUGA